AACGUUCAAGUGAUAGUCGGUACUCGGAUUCUCUGACUUGCUAACUGGUUAAAAGCGGAAUGUGUAAAACUAUAACCAGUAAGCAGAUCGGAAAUGUCAGCGUUUCCUACUUCCAACUACCAUGUGAACACAAUGGGGUUUUGAAGACAACUGGAAAUUCGGAUAAAAACAAGGACAGAUCAUGAUGUCAGUUAUCUUCAGGUGUGAAAGUUGGAGCUCUAGAAAUAUGCCCGAUUUUUCGACUUGGAAUUCCGAGUUGGAUUAUCGUUCAAAAUAUGUUCUUCCUCGUUGGAGCUCGUGAAAAAAAAUUCGAGUUCCCAGUUGUCUUGGAUGCACAGAGUCGUCGAAGAUUUCCGAGUUCUGAUUUCCCAGUUGAUGUGAACGUGGCAAUAUAUCUCGUCUGACUCACUUGCAUAAACCGAGCCACCACAUGCACCCCGCGCCUCCUACCCCCUCCUCCACAUCCUCCUCUUUGUGAGAGGAUCUGAGAGGAGCUGCAGUGUGUAUUGGCCACUCUGCGGUGCUUCAGAAUGGCGGAGGGGGGCGGCAGGUGCAGUGGAUACGCGAUGCUGAACGGGGACCGCGGGGGAUGGACCGACUAAUCACCCCGCCGCUCAUUCUGUCAGCAUCAGGACCACAGCCAGACAGAUUUGGACUUAAAAUUCUAUCUUCAGGAAAUAUUAGACUGCAAUAAACUUCACCACUACGAGAUGGAGAUAUAAGGGGACAUAUAUGGAACUCCUUAUCUUUUUAGACUAAUUUAUGAAAUUGCUGAAUCUGUCUUGAAGACUCGUGUUUCAUAGUGUGCUUGUCAUAUUUGCUGCGAGUGAGACGUGACACGUCGGGAGUCUGCCACCAUUGAAAUGCGUAAAAACGACCCUUUAACCGAGCCAGCUAUGCGUCUUAUUUUGACAUAUUAGCGUGUGAAUGCGUUGGGCUGUGGAGACAUUAGUGCGCAAAUCCCAGGAUGUUUUUAUUGGUGGUUUUUGUCGCCGGUGCGUGACGGUGUCUGUCCGUGUGUGUUCAGAACCCAGAUCGGUUCCAUAUCAUCUCUCAACACUACGGCAGCCUGCGUGCCUCAGAGCUAAAACAAUAACGUGAUAACGGGACACUGUACCGGGCUGGGGACUGGAUCGGUGUUGCCGCGAUGCACCAGACAGAACAGGCCACCUUGCACUCUGCCGUCUGAAGAAAAGGAACAUAGAGGAGCGGAUUCCCUCACUAUAUGAAAUACGAAAUACGUCAUCUUAUCAAACGGUUUAGACCUCAGCAAAUCGGGAUUAUUCGAGCAUAUGGAGACAGAGAGAGAGGAUCAAUGAUUAUUUCCUCGAGGCUCCUUCUUAUCCUCCUUCAACCCUGCAGCACAAGACAGGCAAGAAGAAGACGUGUGGAGGCAGAGAAUGCUGCAAUCUACUGACUGGAAGAUGGGACUCUGACCCCUUCAAGAUCACCUGACCUGAUUGGGCCAACCGGAUGUUCAACGCGCCAACCGACGUCUCUGGCAGGGCAAAACCAGGAACUAAAACAUCUUGAUCCUCUAGAGGGACCUUUUUAUAGUCGCCCCUCUCCCCCCCACUUCCUUCCGGUGGGGGGGAGGGCAUAGCAGUGAGCCUAUCACAGCUCGGGAUUGGUCAAUUCAUUACCCAGUUAGCCUAUCACAGCUCAGGACUGGUCCUUCAUUAACCAAAGUCUAUCACAGCUCAGGACUGGUCCCUUCGCUAGCCAGUUAGCCUAUCACCUGUGAGGUUACUGAGACCAGGACCAGACCAGCAGCAUGGACGCUAGUCAGCGCCAUGGCCAGGGCAGCCCAGAGAGCCCUAACCGGGCGGUGGAGUACCUCCUGGAGCUCAACAACAUUAUAGAGAGCCAGCAGAAGCUCCUGGAGACCCAGAAACGCCGUAUCGAUGAGCUGGAGGUUCAAUUAGACCGGCUGGCCCAGGAGAAUAAAGACCUACGCCUCGACCGCCAGCGACCUUUACCCCCUGAACCGCCACCCUGCCCCCCGCCACCACCUGCCACCAAAACAUCCAUACCCUCUGUACCAGUCCGCCCUGUUCAGACCCAGUCUUAUAAUCAUACCAGUACCAACACUACAGCCAUACAGACCCCCACCCCUAUAGCCCUUCCAACCCCACCCCCGGUGCCUGUACGGGAUCAACGCAAACCUCAAACCCCCAAGACCCCACGCCGUACCCCCCACACGCCCCAAACCCCCAAACGUACUCCAGUCACCACCCAGACCCCCCGCACUCCACAGACCCCCAAACGAACCCCAGUCACCACCCAAACCCCACGCACUCCGCAGACCCCCAAACGAACCCCAGUCACCACCCAAACCCCCCGCACCCCGCAGACCCCCAAACGGACCCCCCACACACGGCUGACGCGAACCAUCUCGACCGGAACAGGCACCAGCUUCGUGGAGAUGGAGAAGGAGAGACUGGAGAGGAUGGAGGAAGAGAGGACAGAGAGACUUCACAGCUCCACCUUGGGAAACCCCACCAACCACAGACAGUCAGACGGACACUUCAACAAAGACAGGUCACCACCUUAUUCCGCUUGUUGUGCUACUUCUUCUCGUUCCAAUCCACCGACCACCACCACCGUCACUACUCCUGUUCCUAGUUCUACCUCCUCCCUCCACAGCAGUCUGACAGCUAACAGUCAGUCCAGCUCCACCCACCACCAGUACUGUUGUCCUGCCCGGCUGCUCCUGCCCAAGCCGCAUUGCGCCCUCUCCUCGCCCAGGCACUCCGACCAGGCAAGAGAUGAUGAAGACGAUGACAUCGCCCAUCAGUUCUGUUGCCCCGCCUCCGAGUGCAGUAGCCCGUCCUCUAGGUAACCAGCAGAUCACCCCCCCCCCCAUUGUUAACCCUUUGAACUCCUAAUAACCUCACAGAGAAGAGGAAGAUUCUGAAGGAAACAACUGAACACAACUCGUUCGUUUUGGAGUUUCAAAAAAUAAAUAAUCUCUUACAACGCUGGAAAACCUGGCUGUAUCCAAGACGACAACAGCUCAGCUAAACGUAACAGUAGUCUGGGACUCGGGGCCUGGCCCACAUCCCUACCUAUCUGACUGUCCUACCUAGCCUGUCCUUUACACUAACUAGCAUGUCACCCUCGCAGCCUUGCCUCGCCCUGCUCUCCCUGCUCUUUGAACUGAAUGACAAAAGGCUGUCCUUGAUUGAUUGAAUAUUCAGACUCUGACCUUUGAACUUUAGCCUGGACAGUAUCCGAAGAGGAUUCGCGUACAGCCACCAGCCAGGUCAACUAAUGAUGAAGAGAUGAUGAAGAAAAAAUAACCUUUCAGAUUUUUCUCUUUCAUAUAUAUAUAUAUAUAUUGAUGUAUCUAUGUCCUUUAUACUGUCCUCUAGUGUCUGUAUCAGGUUUCUCUUUACUCCUUUAAAUCUCCUUCUUGUCUUUUAUCUGCUUGUGAAUCUUCCUCUUUCCUUCUCUUGUUCAGUGAGAGAGCACAUGGUGCUCGCCCCAUGACAUUGUACAACUCUUAUCUUAAUAACCAUACCAAGGAGAAGAGAGGACAUCUUCCUAAUUAUAAAAACUCUUAGUUUCCAACUCCUCCAAACAUUUAAAUAUUCAAAUGUUUUGGGAACAGAAGAGUUCUGCUUUAUGAGUAAAAUAUCUGACAACUAAAAAAAAAAUUGUUGAAAGUUAAAACAUAUUUUAGUUUGAGUUCCCUUAUCAACAACAAUAAUAAUACGGAAAUGGAAUAGUCUUCUACUAGUUUGAUAUAUAUUAGGUCUGCCUCAAACCCAGUUAUAUAUUAGGUCUGCCUCAAACCCAGUUAUAUAUUAGGUCUGCCCCAAACCCAGUUAUAUAUUAGGUCUGCCUCAAACCCAGUUAUAUAUUAGGUCUGCCUCAAACCCAGUUAUAUAUUAGGUCUGCCCCAAACCCAGUUAUAUAUUAGGUCUGCCCCAGACCCAGUUAUAUAUUAGGUCUGCCCCAGACCCAGUUAUAUAUUAGGUCUGCCCCAGAUCCAGUUAUAUAUUAGGUCUGCCCCAAACCCAGUUAUAUAUUAGGUCUGCCCCAGACCCAGUUAUAUAUUAGGUCUGCCCCAAACCCAGUUAUAUAUUAGGUCUGCCUCAAACCCAGUUAUAUAUUAGGUCUGCCCCAAACCCAGUUAUAUAUUAGGUCUGCCCCAAACCCAGUUAUAUAUUAGGUCUGCCCCAAACCCAGUUAUAUAUUAGGUCUGCCUCAAACCCAGUUAUAUAUUAGGUCUGCCCCAAACCCAGUUAUAUAUUAGGUCUGCCUCAAACCCAGUUAUAUAUUAGGUCUGCCCCAAACCCAGUUAUAUAUUAGGUCUGCCUCAAACCCAGUUAUAUAUUAGGUCUGCCUCAAACCCAGUUAUAUAUUAGGUCUGCCUCAAACCCAGUUAUAUAUUAGGUCUGCCCCAAACCCAGUUAUAUAUUAGGUCUGCCUCAAACCCAGUUAUAUAUUAGGUCUGCCCCAAACCCAGUUAUAUAUUAGGUCUGCCUCAAACCCAGUUAUAUAUUAGGUCUGCCUCAAACCCAGUUAUAUAUUAGGUCUGCCCCAAACCCAGUUAUAUAUUAGGUCUGCCCCAGACCCAGUUAUAUAUUAGGUCUGCCCCAGAUCCAGUUAUAUAUUAGGUCUGCUCCAAACCCAGUUAUAUAUUAGGUCUGCCCCAGACCCAGUUAUAUAUUAGGUCUGCCCCAAACCCAGUUAUAUAUUAGGUCUGCCUCAAACCCAGUUAUAUAUUAGGUCUGCCCCAAACCCAGUUAUAUAUUAGGUCUGCCCCAAACCCAGUUAUAUAUUAGGUCUGCCCCAAACCCAGUUAUAUAUUAGGUCUGCCUCAAACCCAGUUAUAUAUUAGGUCUGCCCCAAACCCAGUUAUAUAUUAGGUCUGCCCCAGACCCAGUUAUAUAUUAGGUCUGCCCCAAACCCAGUUAUAUAUUAUGUCUGCCUCAAACCCAGUUAUAUAUUAGGUCUGCCCCAAACCCAGUUAUAUAUUAGGUCUGCCUCAAACCCAGUUAUAUAUUAGGUCUGCCCCAAACCCAGUUAUAUAUUAGGUCUGCCUCAAACCCAGUUAUAUAUUAGGUCUGCCUCAAACCCAGUUAUAUAUUAGGUCUGCCUCAAACCCAGU